UAGACUGAAUUGUUUCAGCGUUGUUGUGUUUACAUCAACAGCUUCUCGUUUACACACCGCAUGCAGGUUCGUUGAGUAAAUGAGUAGAAAAAAACAGUUAAGUUAUUAUUAUUCCUUCAUAAUAAAUUCAUAUUCCCAUUUAAAGUCAGGAACGUGUUUUACUUUCUUUGUUAUAGCAGGUAACGUAACAGCUCUCUGUCACCAAAGUCGAGCAACAGGAAUAAGUGAAAACUCUGCAGUGUUUGGAUGAAGUGACCAUGAAGCAGGACAGUGAUGCUGCGAACGUCCCUGCAUGCUUCAUAUCAAACCAUGAAGGGUUUCUUGGAAGCAUCAAAAACUUUAUCAAAGACUUCGUGGUGACUGAGAUAGACAUCACUGGACAGCGUGUUAAUAUAGCAGCAGCCACACAGACACCAGCCUGUGCCUCCUCAGAUAAAAACAAUGAAACCAGUGCAGAAUGUAAGGAGAAUCGUCAUUACUCAGUCUCACAGGACACUGAUGAUUCUGCUGAUUGUGGGGUAGAUGUGACCAUUCCUAGUCCAGGCAGCUUUGAUUUAAGUGUGAUUUUAGGCCAGUCAGUCAGCGAAGAGCUUGAGCAGUUUGUAUUGACUCUCAAAGAUGAAAAGCCAACCAAGCAGGAGCUAUCUCUCGGAUACUUCCCUGACAAACACCACAGAGCUAACGUCCACCGGGCCGUCCGACACCGCUUCCCCUUCCUCAUGACCGUCACCAUUCAACCUGAGAUCAGGGUGAGGGAAGACCCAGACUACAGAGAGCUCUCCCAGCUGGUUACAGAGGACGAAGCAGAGGACUUCUUCAGGUUCAUAGAUGCCAAAGUGCGAGGCUCAUCCUAUACAUUUGGACCUGAUGACAGUAAGGAGCACAGGACGGCUGUCCACCACUUCCUGAGCCGAAGGUUUGGCAAAUUGGUGGAGACUAAAAGUUUCAACGACCAGGGGACGACAGCAGUCUCGGUUAGGCUGAGAGAGCAAGGGAGGCCAAAGAAGAGAACCGCAGAAGAACGCAAGGAAGAAGAAGUUUACACUGCUUUCACUCUGUGUAAGGAGAACCUGGAGACUCUGGAGGCCAUCAGCUACAUGGCAGCAGCUCUUGGGGUCCUGCCGUCAGAUUUCACCUACGCUGGGAUCAAGGACAAGAGAGCCAUCACCUACCAGUCCAUGGUGGUCAAGAAGGUCUCACCUCAAAGGUUGAAAGAGAAGACAGCAGAGUUCGAGAAGAGAGGGAUGCGUCUGUCUCAGAUCCGCUCUGUCAGCGAGCCUCUCAGGCUUGGACGACUGCAGGGGAACCACUUCGACCUGGUGGUCCGCAACCUGAGACCACACGGGGCCAGUGACACACACUCCUCUGGUGCAAGCACACAGUCUCACCUGGCAGCGCUGGUAAAGGAAGCAGUGGAGAAUGUCGAGGCCAGAGGUUUUGUCAACUACUAUGGACCACAGAGGUUUGGGAGUGGGCAGAGCGUUCAGUCUGACCCCGUAGGGCUGGCUUUACUCAAAGAAGACAUGGUGGCUGCUGUGCGUCUCUUCUUCACUCCAGAGGAAGGCGAUGAUCCUCAGAGCCACGCGAAGAGACACUUCCUCCAAACUGAUAACGCUAAGGAGUCUUUGGCGCUGAUGCCGUUGUCGAAGGCCAGGGAGCGACUGAUGCUUCGGGCUCUGAACCGCUUCGGUACAGGUCCGGAUGGCUGUACCCAAGCCUGGCUCAGCCUGCCCCACAGCAUGAGAGUCUUCUACCCACACGCCUACUGUAGCAGAGUGUGGAAUGAGGCAGUGGCUCACAGGCUGGCUACUCUGGGCCACAGUGCCAGGCGAGGAGACCUGGUGUGGAUGAAGGAAGGGCAAAAAAAAGUGGAGGACACUGGAGAAACCAGCUCGCCUCAGAUCCAUGUGGUGACGGACCAAGAGGAGCAAGAGGGAGUGUACGCACUGGGACAAGUGUUACUACCCAUGCCGGGGAACACUGUGAAGUAUCCAGAAAACGCCAUGGGGACUUGGUUCCAGGAGAGACUGGCCAGAGACGGACUGGAAGAGUGUCGCUUCCGAGUCAGCAGCCUCAAACUAAAUCUGCCUGGCUGCUACCGCCCCCUGCUGGCCUGUCCACGCAACCUCCGCUACCAGCUGCAGAGAGCAGCCUGUGGGGACGGAGGAGGAGAGGCGACAGGAGGCAGCAGUAGAAGAAGUGAUGGGCAGCUGAAUGGCACAACUGUAGAAGGGAAGCAGGACUCACUCACUCUCACCUUAAACUUCGACCUGGACUCCUCCUGCUAUGCUACUAUCUGCCUCAGAGAGAUCAUGAAGUGUGACCCCUAGAGGUCACGGGACAUUGUUCCUGUUGUAUUUCUACAAUAUGUUUUCUUGUUUUUAGUGGAAAAGAGAUUUUUGUAACCCAUCAUUGUGAUACAUUAUCAGUAGCCUUUUGGUUUGUUGUUGAAGUAAUGAGCAUAAGACAAAAAAAAAAAGCAUAAUGUUGAACUAAUAAAACAAAUGUGAACAAAUCUAAAUGUAAAACCGUGUAAACAGUAUUUGUGUUUUGUGCCAUUAAUAAAAAUGACAAAGAUUCCA